CCACCCUUCUCUUUCUCCCUUCGUCAGCUCCUGCCUCAGCUUUGCUGUACGGCUCGUGCUCGCUGUUCCCUCUUCCUCUCCAUCCGCCGUCUCCGCUCCUGCUCCCUAGGUUUAGUUAUCAGCCGGCCCCGAUCCCCUCUGCUACACGCCGGGUCAGCCUUCUCUGCAGCGCGAGCUCUCUCUGGAGCUCCCGGUCGACGGACUAGUCCUCGAGGUGUAUGCUUGUUCCCUUUGGUUCGCCUUUGAUCUCGUUGCAGGUCUUGAUGCUAGGAGAGAGCAUGUGUGGAAUUUGUACUUCGUGUGAUGCUCCUGACCAGAUCCAGUACUGAUGAUGCAUUUGGUGUGUUGACAAUUUCUCUUGUCAUUCUGUUUGAUGUGUUGGCUGUAGUAUGCAUAUCCCAAGUCACCUAUUUACGCGUAUGGUUCCGGCGACAAUAUUAUUUCCGGCUUAGUUUUUUUAAUGGGCCCUGGAUCACACGAAUUUUUCUAGCUUUAGUUGCAAUUUGGUGGAGCUUAAGUGAAAUUGCUAGGCUAAGUUUUCUGAAAGGAAGGCUCAUCACCCCCUUAACAUGGCAGAGAAGUGUGUGCAAGAUCUAUAUCAUCUUCAAUCUUGGGUUUUCAGAGCCUUCUGUCUUUCUUACACUUGUGUUCCUUUUACGCGCUUCCUUGCAAAAGAGGGAUUUGGGAACUCUAAGCGUGGGAUGGAACAAAAAAACCGUUCGCUGUAUCAUUCUUUACUCCCUUCCAAUUUUAGUCACGCAACUUAUCCUGAAUUUUGCUGGACCCAGGCUUUUCAAUGAGUCGAACAGUGGUGGAAGGUUAAGGAAGAAUAACUACUUCACAAAAGCUAGUGUCUUGGUUGGAGACGAUUAUGUAUGCACUUAUCCUCUUCUUAGCACAAUUGUUCUUGGGCUUUUUCAUGCAGCCCUGAUCAGCUACGUUGUGUGCAUUGGAAUUCGUGUGUACAUGUCAGUGAUCAACAAACAGCUGCUCCGAAGGCUCUAUUGGCUGGUAUCGUCAAUUAUUAUUUCUCUUCCUGUGAGGGUGCUCCUCCUAGGAUUCUCUGUACUACCUCAACCAGGCACCCUGGCAUAUGAACUGAUUGUUUUCUUGGCCUUUUUGAUCAUGUUGUUUUGCACAGUGAUUGGCAUCAUUGUAUUGGUCUACUUGCCAGUGGCAGAUUCUAUGACCCUGGUUAACCUAGAGGAGAGAGCAAUGUUAGAGAUACCAUACGAUGAUUAUUACAAUGACAGUGCGUCACUGGUGGCCGAUCAGAACUGCAGGGACACCAGGAGGAGCUCUGAUGUAUCUACCAAACCUGGAUCAGUGUCCUUCAGGACAAUGAUCAAGGAUGAUCUUCCUAGUUCAGAUGGUUUUGAAGAUAUCUGCACGUCGAUUCCAGCUGCUCUUCGUAUUGGUUCACCCUCUGGUUCUUCUUCAACACCAGCUAGGUCCAUGUUUCCUCUCAAAGAAAUUCCUAGAUACUAGGAUCAAAUUUAAAUCCCUGCCAGUGUACAUUUAUCUUCUAUUAAAAGCAGUCGUAGAUUGAUCAAUUUUUUUUUUUAAAAUUUUGAAUGCUA